AUAUUGCCGACAUCUUGGGUCACACUCAUACAAAGAUCAUAUCCGAUGCUAACCUACCUUUGCUGGUCAGGCAGAUUGCUGUUCACUGUAAUCUUGCAUCAAUGGUUCUCCAGCGACAGCAGUCAACCGUUGGCAGUCCUGAGGUGUUUGCUUCUAACUGGCUGGAGAGAGUCAGACAGAUCAAGCUCCUGAAGCGGCGCCUUCUGGAACAUCGAUCAGAGGAAGGUGUUACAUCGGAGCCAGCUAGUCCUUCACACAUGUGGCCUCCCACUGGUGCCGGCGGAGACGGUCUUGCUGGAGGUUAUGAGGAUUUCACUGAUUACUUGUAG